GAAGGCCAAGCGGGCCCUCCAGGAGCGCUACGCGCAGGAGGACAGCAAGCGGCGGAAGCUCCGCGAGGACCUCGAGGGGCGCGAGAGCGCCGCCGAGCGGCUCGCGGAGGCGGGGCUCGGCCCGAGCGCCGUGCGGGAGAGCGCCGCGGAGGCUCGCAGGAAGUUUGUCCAGGCCGACACCGCCGCGCGGGUGAAGGCCAGGGAGGCGGAGCGGGCGCAGGAGCUGGGGCAGGUGGCCUCCAGGGUCGCGGAGGCGCGCGCUGGGGCGCAGCAGGCGCGGGUGCGCAUCACGUGGCGCGCCGGGUGCGCGAAGCCCAGCGCCGAGGCCCUGGCGGAGGUGCUAGGCGCCUUCGGGGUCAAGUCCGUGGAGCUGGGUGAGUCGGAGGCAACUGCGCAGUUCGGCUCCAGAGAGGACGCGAUCAGCGCGGUGCUGCGCUGCAGAGAGCGCAGGCACGACCUGCCGUUCCGCGUCGCGCUGGCGCCCGCCAAGGAGGCCGCCGCGGAACCGCGCGGGGCCGCGCCCGCGGGGGCGGCGCCGCCGCUGAACCGCGCGUCGCCCGCCGAUGCGGCGGCGGCGGGGCGGCGGCCGGAGCCGAAGGCGGCGUCGAAGGCGGCGGCGCCCGAGGGCGUCUUCGACAGCUGGGAGGC